GGGGGGGUGUGUUCAACCUGUUUUUCUUUACUCACUUCUAUAUAGAGGGUAACCACCUUCCAUUUGGUGGAUACUUAAAAUUUUUCCAAUUCUCACAAAUAAAACAACCAAUAGUACACUCUUAAUUAGCAUAUUUUUUAGUGGGUUGUUUUGUUUUAUUGUUUUUCUUUUUUAAGAGAAAAGAAAACUAUUAAAUAUCUGUUUUUGAAAAGGGAAGGUUUAGAAGUAAAUGUAGGCGAAAAUGGCUCCCCUCCAUGACCCCAUAAUUAGGAUGUCUUAAAAACGUACACUAACAUACAUUUUCACAUUUCUUUUGUUUGUUACACGUUUCUUGCCAAUGUCUUUAUUAUGUUUCUUUCAUUUUGAAAGCUUUCCUUUUAUUUUCAUUUCUUGAUUUCUUUUAUUUAUUUACUCAGAAGCCAAGAUCUUCCCAGAACAAAGGGUAUUGGGUUCCAUGUCUUGUAUCCCUCUUGUUAAAGAGAGAGAACAUAACAACAGAACAGAGGGUCGCAUGUAUAUGUGUUUUGGUGCUUGUUUUUCUGAUAUAGAGAGAUAAGAAGGGAAAUAUCAAAGAAAGAAAGAUAAAAAAAGAUGUUGCAGAGAGCUGCAAGCAAUGCUUAUUCAUGGUGGUGGGCUAGCCACAUCAGAACUAAGCAAUCUAAAUGGAUGGAGCAGAACCUUCAAGAUAUGGAAGAGAAGGUACAAACUGUCCUCAAACUUAUCGAAGAGGAUGGAGACUCCUUCGCCAGGAGAGCCGAAAUGUACUACAAGAAAAGGCCAGAGCUGAUACAUUUCGUGGAAGAAUCUUACCGAGCAUACAGGGCCUUAGCUGAACGGUACGACCACAUAUCGACAGAGCUACAAAAUGCCAACAACACUAUUGCUUCCGUUUUCCCAGAACAAGUACAGUUCGCCAUGGAAGAUGAUGAAGAUGAAGCCUCACCUAGGUUCCCAAAGAAGGCUCCAGAAGUCGCGAAAGCAAAUGUCCCGAAAGUCCCAAAGAUUCCGAAAGAGUUGAAGAACAUCUUCACUUCGGAUAAGACAAAAUUACAGUCCAAGAAAUCAAUGAAGAAAACAAAUCAGCAUGCAGUUUCUAAGUCUGGUUUGAGGAAAUCUGAGGGACUUCAGGAGAUUGACAGGCUUCAGAAACAAAUUCUUGCUCUACAAACCGAGAAAGAGUUUGUGAAGAGUUCUUAUGAAAAUGGGCUAGCAAAGUAUUGGGAAAUUGAACAAACGAUCACGGAAAUGCAGGAGAAGGUUUCCAAUUUGCAAGAUGAAUUUGGUGCAGGCAGAGUCAUUGAAGAUGAUGAGGCUCGGACAUUGAUGGCAUCAGCAGCCUUAAAAUCAUGCCAGGAUACACUGGCUCAGUUGCAGGAGAAACAAGAGAAAUCAGCAGAAGAAGCAAUGAUUGAGAACAAAAGGAUCAAUAACGCUCGGGAGAAGUUGAGGUCUCUCAAGGACGCCUUCGUCCAUGGUGAGGUGAAUCAGGAAAAUCCCCAAGCGAAAGAUAAAUCUAUAAACCCAGUUGAAGAGAUGAAAAGCUCAGACCAAAAACCAAGUGGAGUCACACAUGAGAGACAGGAUUUGGAGCUGUUACGUGUGAAAAUUAGCGAACAUUUUGAGGUUGGAUCAAAUGCAUCUCUCAGUGUGUCAGAACUUGCAGAGAAGAUUGAUGAGCUUGUGAAUAAGGUGAUUAGCUUAGAAGCUUCAGUUUCAUCACAGACAGCCCUUAUACAGAGAUUGAGAACGGAGACAGAUGAGCUUCAAGCACAAAUUGGUAUUUUGGAAAAUGAUAAGGCAACACUGAUCCAUGGCAAAAAUGACUUGAGAGUCAAGCUGAGGGAAAUGGAGGAGAAGUUGUCUGGACUUCAAGAACUAAACAGAAGCGUUGAAGAUCAGAAUAAUAAUCUUCAAACCAAUUUUACAGAAGCACAUUGUAAUCUUGACCACCUCUCUGAGAAACUACAUAAUGUUAAGCCAGAUGAGGAGCUUCAGGCUACACUACAAACAGAGUGGGGAUCGGUAGUUGCAAAUGAAUCACACGAGGAGGUCAAUGGACGAGAAGGUUUACACAAUACUAAAGAUGGAAAUCACAAAUCCCCGGAGUUGAGCUCACAGGAGCAACUCAGAGGGCAAGAAGGUGCAUUAAAACCUGAUGAGAGUCCUAAUGAACCAGAGAAUGUGAAGCUGCAUGAGGAGCUCAAGGUUUCAGACUCUCCGCAGAAAGAAAAUGAAUAUAUUGCUGAAGUCAAUGAGACAGAGUUGAAAGUAAAAGGAGAACUCAAUUCUGAAGACGGGAUCCACAGAUCACCGGAAAUGAACUCACAGGUGGAGCUCAGAGGACAAGAAAGUGCAUUAAAACCUGAUGACAGUCCUAAUGAGCCACAGAACGCAAACCUGCAUAAGGAGCUCAAGGUUGCAGACGCUCCGCAGAAGGAAAAGCCACAUGAGCAGAUUGAAGUUUCUGAUUCUUCACAGAAAGAAAAGGCUACAUGUGACAGAAAAGAAGAGGAAGUGAUAAAAAAAGAAGAUCUUAGCACUUCCAACAGAAAUCAGGGAGAUAAUGUGAGUCUACUGCAGACUGAUAAUCCUCUGGUACAAUCUCAUGACAUAAGAAUGGAGGAAGAAGCUGAUAAGCAAGCUUCACCCAUUACUUCGGAUGGUCUCUUUCCUGAUGAAACAGAGGUGCAGGCUACAAAGCAAGAUGAUGAGCCAGACUGGAAGCAUUUGUUCACAAAUGGUAUGGGAAAUAGAGAGAAGUUUCUACUGACCGAGUAUACUACUGCUCUUCGGAACUUUAAGGAUGUUAAGAAGAAGCUUGGUGAAGCAGAAAUGAAUAACGCGGAUGGCCAUAAAAAAGGGGAUGACCUCUUUGAUAUAACGCUGCAGUUAAGAGAGCUGAAGAGUGCCAAUGCAAAGAAGGAUGAACAGAUUAAACUCUUACGACAGAAGCUGAGCCUUCUCCAAACAAGCUUGGGUGAAGACCAUGAAUCUGAGAAAUCAACCUUGACAGAAUCCUCAAAAAUAGAAAGUAUGAUUCUGAUGGACCAGUCAGAAAUGUCAAAGAUGGAAGAAAAAUUCCGAUCGAACAUCGAUGAAGUGUUAGAAGAGAACUUAGAUUUCUGGUUAAGGUUCAGCAGUACAUUCCAUCAGAUACAGAAAUUUGAAACUGAAAUCAAAGAUUUACAAUCUGAAUUGGUGAAACUUGAGGAAAAGAAAAAGAAGCAAGAUGGUAGUACUAAUCAAAAGUUUUCUCUGAAAUCCGAUGCAAAGCCGCUGUACAAGCAUCUCAGAGAGAUACAUACAGAGUUAGCGGUAUGGUUAGAGAAAAGUGCGCUGCUGAAAGAUGAAUUGAAGAGCAGAUUCUCAUCUUUGUGUGACAUUCAAGAAGAGAUAACAUCUGCUUUAAAGGAGAGUGCUGAGGAUGAUGACUUCACAUUUACAAGCUACCAAGCUGCAAAGUUCCAAGGCGAGAUUCUGAACAUGAAACAAGAGAAUAACAAGGUUGCAGAUGAAUUGCAGGCUGGCUUGGAUCAUGUGACAACGCUCCAGCUAGAAGUUGAAAAAACUCUUGCCAAGUUGAAUGAUGAAUUCAAGCUUUCUGGAUCAAAGAACCAAAGCAAUAUCCAACUGCAACAUUCAGACAGCCGGUCUCGAGUUCCUUUACGGUCCUUUAUCUUUGGUAUCAAACCAAAAAGGCAGAGGCAUUCGAUAUUCUCCUGUGUCCACCCGGUACUGCAAAGGAAGUACAAUGGUUUUAAAUCAGGAGUUAAUGUAUAAAUUAAUUCAGUGUUGAGUCACUGCAUUUGUGUUUUCUUUCUCCUUUUUUUUCUUUUUCAUUUAUUUAUUGUUGAAUUUUUUUUCUCUUAUUGUAAUUUUUAAGAAGCUGAAGCUUCGUGUUGAUUUUUUGACA